AUGACUCUGUGGGUAAAGGCAUUUGCUGCCAAGCCUGAUGAGCUGAAUUGGACACCCAGGACCCCCUUGUUGGAAGGAGUGAACUCCCUCAAGUUGUCCUCUGACCUCCAUGUGUAUGCCGUCACACACGUAUGUCAUCACACAUGUGUAUACAAACACAUGCACAUAUACACAAAUAGGUGUAAUUUAAAAAAUUUAACAACACAUUAUGGACAAUUUUAUCUGCAUAAGCAAUUCUCUUUUAAAGCCCACACAAGAGAAGUUCUUGUGGAAACUCCAUCUUGGGGAGAAGGUGAAGUGUAUCCUCCAAGGUAGUUGAAUUUACAGAACCCAAAUAGAAAAGUGACUAACAAGUCACCUGGCCUCUUUUGCCGAAUGCUGACUGGUACAUUCACUUAUCCAAGGUAGGAGUAUGGUGUGGUGAUAUUUUGUGUAUGCUCUAACAAAUAAAGCUUGCCUGCAGAUCAGAAGGCAAAGCCAGACACUAGUUAGCCAUAGAGACCAGGCAGUGGUGGCAUACACCUUUAAUUCCAGCCCUUUGGAUCUCAUGCCUUUGCUCCCAGUACUUGGGAGGCACACAUGCCUUUAAUCCCAGCACUAGGGAGGUUGAGACAGGUGGCAGGCACAGAAAGGAAUAUAAGCCUGGAGGAGACAGGAGCUCAGUCUUUUUCGGCUGAGGAGAUGGUGAGGUGAGAGGUGGCUGUGGUUUGUUGUUCCUUUGUCUCUCUGAUCUUUCCGCAUUUACCCCGAUAUAUGGCUCCAGGUUUUUAUUAAGACCAAUUAGGAUUUGUGCUACAGUAGGGUCCAGAUCAGGGAUGAGGAAGCCUGCCCCAUACCUGGUUAAUGCCUGGACUCCUUGGCACUGCCAGCCAAAGCUUUGCCUACAUGCCUGGCCUGGCCUCUCUGGUGAAUGGGGGAGGAGCUGCUACUCAGGCCUGAUGCUGAUCUCUCCUGACAGCUGCCCCUAAGGCUGGCAAGCAGGGGGGAAGGGACCAGAUUUAAAGAUCCAGCUGCCCCACCCCCUGCCAGACCUGGGCAAGCCAGCAGCGGAGAGCAUCCUCUGAACACACAGUGCCCAGGCAAAACAGGUCAGGGACUCCUAUGCCCUGGUUUCCACCUCUUGACACCCUGGGAAAUCUAGUCUUCAUUUCUGCCCCCACUCCACAGGACAGGGAGACCAGUGCCCCCAACUAUGAGAUUUCGCCGCCUGACCCCUGGCUACUUCCGAGUGCUACAGAUGCAGGUGGCCGGGGAGCUGAAGGCAGAGCCCCGGAGUCCACUGGUUGGGAUUGUGGCUACGACGCUGGCUGUCCUCGGGUUAGGUGGCUCCUGCUAUGCCGUGUGGAAGAUGGUGAGGCAGCGGCAGCUGCCCAAGGCGCCCUGAUGAGGCAGGCAGCCUCUCACCCAGGCUUGCAGGGUUCGAUGCUCAGCUGCUUCAGCCUGGGAGAAGGAAGAAUACGUGUUUGGAGCUGAUCAGAUGCAAGACAUACCUGCAUGAUACCCAUUCACCGUCUCCUGACCCCUUCAUACCUUUUCUUGUGGUCUUUGGAUCGGAAGUGGGUCUUCAGGUUGGCGGAAUCGAUGAAGUACCUCCUGCAGGGAUGUAGGGUGAAGGGAAAGAGUAAAGAGGUGGUGAGGCCUUUCAGGUAUGCCUACCUCCCUGGCCCUAACUCGUCCCCGGACACCAGAUUCCGAGCCCGAAGAGAUGGGAGGCGGGCUGACCCACGGGUCCCAAGACAGGAGAUCCCACGAGCCUCGCCGCCCGGAUCUCACCGCAAUGGGGCUGGUACCUCAAACCCUGCUCGGCCCCGGGCUGGACUCACGCGCAGGCCAGACAGCGAUGCAGGCCGCCCCCUGGCAGGUCCGGGUCGGGCUCGGCGUCCAGCUCUGGCUUGGGCCUCGGGAGCCCCUGCGGCCGCAGCUCGCGGUGAAUCUCAUCCAGGUCUGGCCGCCGCUUCUUGGCCUUCAUCUGGCGGGCUAAGGAAUGUGCUCGGUGCGCGCCGGUCCUGCGGGAGCGACCCAUGAUCAGUGACACCAAGGCCAAGGAGCUGGGAGUAGGGAACGACCCACACGUGUUGGCGCUUCCGGGCCGCUCAAUGACGUCACGAGAGGUCCGCCCGGGGGCGGAGCAAGAGUGCCCAGACCGCCUCUGAUGACGUCACGGACGGGCUGGUGGCUGGAGCGCCCCCCGGUGGCCGUGGAUGGUAGUGACUGGGCUCUUGAGGGGCAGCGUCGUGCCUGGGGUUAGCGGAUCCUUCCACUCUGCCGGUCCCAUCAUCACUUCCCGGUUUCCACACCUCGGAUUUCAGUUGGAGAGGAUACUUUCAACGUCUCUGGAAAGCACUGAUGUUUGUGCCAUGAAUAAAUUACUUCAUAAAUGAGAAUAAGUUUGGAAUCACGGAAGGGGCACCCCGAGGGUUACCCCUAGGCUCUAACAAAGGGCCUCU